AGCAAAGUGUGCCUCCUCUGCCCUGACACAGGAGCGGGGAGUCCAGCGACCUGGCUGUUUUGUCUUUGCCGAAAGCACAGCAUUGCUUAAAGGGGUCUCCACCCUGACUUCCAACCGGAGCGGCCCGCGGAGGUUACAGCGCCGGUGCACAGACGCCUGCCAACGGGUCCGAGUAACAGCUAACGACGGCUUUAACGAGGCGCCGUGACGUCACUAAGAAUUAAGGUUUUCCAGAUGAUUGUUGACGGUCACAGGAGGGAGGAGAGGAGGAUGAAGGAGGUGGGCUGUCAGUGGGAGAGCCCCGUGGAGGACAGGAAAGAGGUGGGCUGUCAGAGCGAGGCAGUGCAGGUGGAUGUGCUGAAUCAGCAGCUCAGCUGGAGACACUCAGGUCUUCCUGGUACGUCAAAGCCCCCUGCUGACUGCACGGCAGAGGAGAUGCUGAUGGCCGUUCGCUCUCAGUUUAUCGACAGAGUGUCCGAAGCUGUCCUGAGCAGCCUGCUGGAUAAACUCCUGGAGCGCCGCAUUGUCAUCGAUGAUGAAAUUGAUUUAGGCAGAGCGAAUGGAAGGGUGAAUAAUGCCCGACGGGUGAUCGACAUGGUGCGGAGAAAAGUAUCCCAGGCCUGCUCGGCUCUGAUUGCCGCUCUCUGCGAGGCUGAUCCGUUUCUUUCAAAGGAGCUGCGGCUGAAGUGAAGCACUGCCAAAUGUUUUCCAUCAGACACACAGGUCAGCACUCACAGGAGAGCAAAUUAUGACUCAUCUGUAACACUCAGAAGCAGCUAAUACCUUUCAGUAUUCAAUCGUCCAAUCCACUUAGAGUUGAAACGUGAGCGCUGGCUCGUCUAUUUGUUUUGGUUUUCACAUCGAAGGUUUUCACAGAGACGAUUUUCUAUGCAUCUUUAUUGCUUUAUACAAACAAAGAUGAUCCAAACAGCAGAACAUGGCAGAGUUUCAGCAGCUUUCAAGACUGAAGUGUUCCAGAAAUGAGGUCUUGAGUCAAACCUGAACAGUGAGCUCUGUGAAAAAGUCCAACAGAAACCAACAGAUUAAUGAGGAUUUUGGCUGUUUUCAUGUUGUUGAAGUAACACGUGUCAGGGAGCAGAGUAAUGGACUGUUUUGUGUGUUUCUUUCUGUAUCUCUGAUCAAUGUGAAAAUAAAAGAUGAGUUUCCUGUCA